AUGGCGCCGGCGUGGCGGGAGGCCCUGCGCGCCUCCCUCCGCCGCCCGCUCCACCUCCUCAAAGCCGCGCCCACCGAGCUGUGGCUCGUGUACGUCCUCAAGACGCUCGACUCGUACGGCUACUUCGCGCUCUCCGAGAUCUUCACGCUCUAUCUCACGAACGAGCUCGGCGUGAGCGACGUCGCGGCGGGCGCGUACUACGGCGGCUGGGGCACCGCGAUCACGCUCUACGGCCUCCUCACCGGGUUCUUGAUCGACGUCGUGGGCGUUCGGCGGUCGCUGUGCGCGUCGUACCCGCUCGCGGCGUCGUGGGGCGCGCCGGUGAUGACGAUCGCGAUCAAACGCCUGACCGCGGACGCCGACCGGACCGUAUCGUUCGGGCUGUUCUACGCGAUGAUGAACGUCGCGGCGCUGCUGAGCGGGCUCGCGAUCGACGCGCUGCGGUUGGGACUGCCGAACGGGAUCGACGGCGCCGGGGACGCGUUGGCGUCUCCGACGCGAGUGGUGCUGCUGAGCACGGUGGUCACGAGCGCGCUCGCGUUGGUCGUCGCGUGGCGGUUCAGGGACGUCCCCGCGGGAGACGCGGGAGACGCGGGCGGCGGCGGCGGCGGCGGCGGGGCGUACGAGAGGUUCGACGACGACGACGACGACGAAUUCGGUGGUUUCUUCCGUCGCGCGAGAGCGGCCGGCGUCUUCGCCGCGGUGCUCGCCGCCGCGUCUAAGGCGAAGCGCGCGUUCGAUCGCUCCAUCAGAGCGCCGACGUCGAGCCUCCUGCGAACGCCGCGGUUCUACCAGUUCCUCGCGAUGGCGAUGUUCACGUUAAACCUGAAGCAAAUCUUCCGGCACAUGGACGCGACGUUUCCUAAGUUUGCGGUGAGAGCGUUCGGCUGCGACGCGCCUUUCGGGUCGAUAUACGCAAUCAACCCGGCGUUGAUCAUCGUCGGCGUCCCGUUGGUGUCGUCCGUCACCGCGACGGCGCGACACUUCGACAUGAUCUUCCGCGGGAGCUGGAUCACGUCGUUGUCGCCGUUUAUCCUCGCCGCGUGGCAGUCCAUCCCGGGCGCGGUGCUUUUCGUCGUGACGCUGUCGAUCGGCGAGAUGAUGUGGUCGCCGCGGUGGUACGACUACACGAUGGCGAUGGCGCCCGCGGGGAAGGAGGGCGUCUUCGGCGCGUUGGGUGCGUAUUCCUUUCCUCACACUGGUCCCUCCCCAUACAUACGACUCCGUUCGCGUGUUGAACGAACGCGGUUCCUUACUUAA